CUCCCCUUCAGUCUUCCACACAGUACCCUAUACAUACCGAUCUGGAAGGAGUCACAGGUUUAUCAGCUUCACUUUGCUCGACGUACGACUAAGCCACUUUGACUCGAGUAGCAGACACUAGGUUUGCCCCGUGCCCAAGCUCCUCGGGAGGCUAGUCCGGUUGCGCGACAGUCAUCUGGCCCGCUCAGGUCUCGUCCUAUCACUGCCGCACUCGUUUUUCUUGCGUGCAGCUGCUGUGUCUUGUCCCCCUCCUCCAGUGAUAUUCGCAGAUCAUCUGCACGCGCAUAUUGGUUUCCGUCCUGCAUAGUCCCUGCAGAGGUCUCCUCGCCUUGAUACCGCAAUAUUGCGCUUCCAGUGGUCGGCCCCGUCUUUUACGCUUCCGCAAUAGCAGCAGUAUCGGCAUCCGAGCUUGCCUCCUCCUUUCCGUUGUCGCAGCCCACCUUCCCUCCCACCUAGGUCAAUCCACAGGUUAGUGGCGAAGCAAAUCGUGACCAUGACCACGACUUCCUUCCGUGAUUCCGUGAACUCAUUGGGUUGGUCUCGGAGAGAUCCAGAUCUACCGGCGCGCACCAACUCGUCAAAUGCUCCUUUCCUAUCACGGUUGCAGUCUUGGAAUCCAUUUGGGCAAGGGGAGGGCUAUCUGCAGCUGCCCACCCAUGAAGCUCCAGGAGCUCCUCUGCCAGCCCCGACUCGACGGGAAGAAGAAGAUAGUUUCUUUGCUUUAAGCCGAUGGGACCGGAUGCUCAUUUUCAUUGCGUGCAACCUGGGUGCUGCCGUCUGCUUCCUUAUUUGCUUUUUCCUCUUUCCAGUCCUGUCGCUCAAACCCCGCAAAUUUGCCAUCUUAUGGUCCGUCGGUUCUUUGCUAUUCUUACUAUCAUGGGCAGUCCUCAUGGGACCUAUGGUCUAUGCCAGGCAUUUGGUCUCGGGAUCACGACUGCCAUUCACGGCCGCCUAUUUCGGUUCGAUCGCCAUGACCCUCUACUUUGCCAUUGGGCUCCAUUCCACCUUGUUGACCCUGAUCUCGUCGAUCUUCCAGCUCACCGCUCUGCUUUGGUAUCUUGUCAGCUAUUUCCCAAUGGGUAGCACCGGUUUGCAAUUCAUGGGACGAUUUGGCGCGCAGCGUGUCACGGCAUGGAUGACCAGCUGA